UUUGAUAAUUGACAUUUGAGUUGUGAUUUGAUAUGUCAGUUUCGCCGUCAAUUCGCUUAUCAAUUUCGCCUCUUUUUAAUUUUUUGCGAUAUAAUAGUCUUACGGUUCUUCGUCAAAGUACUAGAACGAUGGCUAGCGAAGGUAUUUCGGCACAAGAAAUCGAAUCAUUAUGCCAAACACCAUGUCCCGCAACAAAGGACUUCAUGUUCCAACAGACAAUGUACCGAGUCAAGGAUCCUAGGAAAUCGAUACCGUUCUACACGGGCGUCCUUGGUAUGACGCUGUUGAAACAGCUACAUUUUCCCGAGAUGAAGUUCUCCUUAUUCUUCAUGGGAUACGAGAAUCCCGCUGAGGUGCCCAAGGAUGAAGCCCAAAGGACAUCAUGGGCGAUGACAAGGAAGGCUACGUUAGAAUUGACAUACAAUUGGGGAACGGAAAGCGACGAUUCAGCUUACCACAACGGUAACUCGGAUCCACGGGGCUUCGGCCACAUCGGUAUACUCGUCCCAGACGUAGAUGAAGCUUGUAAAAGGUUUGAGGAACAGGGCGUGAAGUUCAUUAAGAAACCACAGGACGGCAAAAUGAAGGGACUCGCGUUUAUCCAGGAUCCGGACGGUUAUUGGAUCGAGAUAUUCACAUCGAAAGUCGUAUCUUAAUGCCUUAAUACGGCUUUGCCUGCGGUUUUGUUCAAAUCGACUUCACGGUUCAAGUGACAAUGUUCCAAAACUUACAAUCCACCAACAAUCCAAAAUGAUAACGUCCUUGAACGAAAUUGUAGGCUUAGCUAUUGUAAUAAUAAUCUUAAGAAAUAUUUUGAUAAAUCGUUAAAUAUAAUAUAUAAAAACAAAUUGAAAUUACCCUCCAUAUUUCGUCGUAUGAAAUCGUUAUGACAAUCAUAGUGUAGUUUUGUAUAUCGCUGUAUAGUUUUAUAUAUAUUUGAUUGUAUAUAUAAGUGUUGUAUAUAAUCGAAAUAAAUUGGAUUAUUAUUAAUUGUU